UCAUCCACGAUAACCCAUUCCUUGAAGCUCUCUAUGCCCUCUCUGUAAUUUUAUGUUAUUGUGGAAUAUUUAGUAGCAAUGAAACUUCACAGAUGGACUUUUUGCACACUAUUGACGUUGACCAGACCCCGCUCUGUCAUUUUACAUGGCCUAUCACUUCGUGGCUGAGUUGCUGUUCCCAGCUGCUUCCACUUUGUUAUAAUACCACUAACAGUUGACCAUGGAAUAUAUAGUAGCAAGAAAAUGUGAUGGAUGGACUUAUUGCACAGGUAGCGACCUGUCAGGGU